AUGAGUCUCACCGAACUACUGCAAAGUCGUAUUAAACGCAGGGAGGAACAACGGCUUCCAGCCUUCGAGAAAGCGUCAGCCAUCGUUGCAAUACUACGUGAUGCAGGCAAGACAGACACCGCCAAAACGGAAUCGUCCAACCAUGAACCGACCCCAUGCCCGGCUUACAUUAGCCUCGACAUGUACAUCGCUUUCCGUGAACCGUUUUCUUGUGGAUGGAAUCUCUGGUUGGGAGAUCGAGAACUCGCUACCCUGUCACCCGAGCUGAAGAAGGAACUUCCAGAGAUGUCCUUUGAUGACAAAGCGGCCAAUUUCUUUCGAUUGUCGGUCUGGCAGAGAAAGAAGCGAGAUGUGGAAGCUCAAGACAUCACUGAAUCCCGGACGGAGCUGAGAUAUUCGUCGAGCGGGUGA